UCUCUUCACUCUUCUCUCUCUCAAUUCUCGGAGAAUUCCCGAAACCCUAGUUUUUUGGUCUCUCUGAAAUUCUUUCCUUCCCGAAACCCUAGCUAGUUUUUUGGUAUCUCUGAAAUUCUUUCCUUCCCGAAACCCUAGCUAGUUUUUUGGUCUCUCUGAAAUUCUUUCCUUCCCGAAACCCUAGCUAGUUUUUUGGUCUCUCUGAAAUUCUUUCCUUCCCGAAACCCUAGCUAGUUUUUUGGUAUCUCUGAAAUUCUUUCCUUCCCGAAACCCUAGCUAGUUUUUUGGUCUCUCUGAAAUUCUUUCCUUCCCGAAACCCUAGCUAGUUUUUUGGUCUCUCUGAAAUUCUUUCCUUCCCGAAACCCUAGCUAGUUCUUUUUUCUCUCUGAAAUUCUUUCCAUUUCUGCAAUCAUGGCAAUUCUCUCCAACAAACUCCCAGUCGGGGUCAGGUUCCUUCCCACUGACCACGAACUGCUCGAUUACUAUCUCCGCACAAGGAUCGCCAUGGGUGACCAGUUUCGCACCGAUUUCGUCGCCGAUUGUCCUCAUUUUUACGGAGACAAGGAGCCCUGGGUUGUCUGGCAGAUCUACGGCGGCGGUGAGUCCAAGAAAGUGGAGGAUGAAAAGACUCUCUAUUUUUUCACCCAUCGGAGAAGGCUGAGUCCCACCGCCAAGAGAUUUGAUCGGAAAGUGGGUUCCGGCACUUGGAGUGGUCAGUAUUCGAGAGAAGUUGAGGAUGAUGGUGUUGUUAUUGGGCUCAAGCGGGAGUUCCGAUACGAGGGCGGCUGUGACGAGAGUCACAACGACGCUUGGUUGAUGCAAGAGUUUCAGCUUGAUGAUGAUUCGGAUUUGGUACUGUGCUCUCUGAGAAAGAACCCCAGAAAGGCUCAGGGGAGCAAUGACAAAAAGAGGAGCAUCGGGGAUCAACCCACAAAGCCUAAAUCUAAAAGGCAGAAAAAGGAAGGGAGUUGUGUUCAUCAGGAACAAGGCAGCAGUACUGUUCAUCCCAAUUACGAGUUGCCCUAUCCACAAAUGGAUGUUCAUCCCAAUCACGAGUUGCCCUAUCCACAAAUGGAUGAUCUAGAUUUUUAUUUUCCUGAGAUUUAUCCAGAUCUGUUUGUUGAUGAUGGGCGUGAUUUAUUUACUAUGGAUGAAUUGCUUGGACAAACCCCAGUUUGGGAGGAGGGCAACAACUUCAGUUUGGUUACAGGAGUAGCACUUCUUUGAUAAUCUGGUUACAGGAGCUAGGAGUACCACUUCUUAGAUAGUUUAUUUUUACUCCUUCAUGUAUCUAAUGUACAUUUUUUUCAUUCUUAAACCCAGUUAAUGGGUUAUACACACUACUUUGUAAAUCAAUUUCUAUCGAAUGAAAUCAACAUCACAUUGGUUCUUC